AUGUUUAUCAGAUUCACUACGAUGGUGUCAACAAAACAAAAGAGAACAGCAUUCAUCCAGUCUGCUGUCGCACUACUGAGAAUAUUUAAGUUUGAUGGAUUAAACCUGGACUGGAUGUACCCUGUAGCAGCAGGAGGCGACCCAAACAACAAGCAGAAAUUUACAMUGUUGUGCAAGGAGCUCAAUGCUGCCUUUGAGAAUGAAGGGAGAAGAAAAAAUCGUGAACGAUUAAUCAUCACAGCAAGUGUCUCUGCUGAGAGAGAGGUCAUUGAUGCCAGCUAUGAAGUCAACAAGAUUACCAAGGACCUGGACUUCCUUAAUGUGCUGACAUUUGACUUUCAUGGCCCCUGUAAGAAGGUCAUAAGACAUCACAGUCCCUUAUACAGAGGGUGCCACGAUACUGGAGACACAAUCUACCAUAAUACUGAUUCUGCCAUGCAACAUUGGUUGGACAAGGGAGCACCUGCACAAUUGCUAAAUUUGGGACUAGCUGCAUAUGGGCGAGCUUUUUCCMUCUCCUCUGCAUCCAGUGAUAUUGGAGCUCCAGCCAAAGGCCCUGGUAAAGAAGGCUGCUACACUGGUGAAGAGGGAUUCUGGGCCUAUUAUGAGACUUGCCUUUACACUGAAGGGGCUACAUUCCACCGGAUUGCUGAUCAGAAAGUUCCAUAUGCCAUAGCAGAAAACCAGUGGGUUGGAUUUGAUGACAAAGACAGCAUCAGUACAAAGGUAACCAUCUGUUAAAAUUAGUUAUAACGAUGCAAACAACUCAGAACUCUGUUUAGACGUAUACUAUGUUUUGUUGACAUGACUUCAGCUUCAGAAGURUUUUCCUCUUCAUCCUCUCAGGUCAGUUACUUAAAAGCAAAGAASUUUGGAGGAGCCUUUGUUUGGUCUCUGGACCUGGAUGACUUCAGCGGAAAGUUCUGUAACCAGAGCAAAAGUCCCUUCAUCAGCCACUUGAAUUC